CGCCGGCGCACUCCCUCACCCAUUGAGCCACGAAUAACAACUGCCCACCAUGCCGCAGGAUAUGCCGCCGAUCGGCGGCUACGGCGCCGUUCAAUACAAGCGCAACUUGCCCGUUCGCGGCUUCCGACCCGCCGUAUACAUCAUUGGAAUGGGAGGGUUGAUGACAUAUGGUUUCUGGAGAGUGGGACAGGGCAUCAGAGAGCACAACGAACUCGCACGCGAGAAGAUGUGGGCGCGGAUAUACCUCAUCCCAGCGCUCCAGGCCGAGGAGGACCGCGACCAGGUCCGAAGAUACCUGGCGGAUAAGGCGAGGGAGAAGGAAUUGCUCGGUUCAGAGACCAGGAUCUACAACAGCGACAGGUUCGUCCGGCCAACCUUUGCUGUCACACCGGAGAACGAGACGAAAUAAGAACCGAAAACUGGUCAUCAGCGCGUCUUUGUGAUUGGAGUGUAUAUACACGAUGGCAGGAAGAGGUGAUAUCACGGUUGAUAGCGAAUCAGAGAACAGUGAACAUCACACACCAAUUCCUACAUCCACGAGCGUUGCGCAGACCAUUGUGUGGACAAAAAAAGGCGCAAUCUGCUUGCAUGCCAUGACUACUGGCGCCCGCGCACUGGCGCGCCACAGAGGUCAUAUUUGAGACAUCAGCAAGAAGCUUA